GGCUGCAGAGCUCUCUGUGUCAGCACCGAGCAGAACCAGGUGUGUCUGUGUGUGUGUGUAUAUGAGUGUGUGUCUGUGUAUCUCUGUGUGUGUGUGUGUCUGUGUGUCUCUGUGUCUCUGUGUGUGUCUGUGUGUGUCUGUGUGUGGGUCUGCAGCUGUUGGUUGUUGGUGAUUUAUUUAGAAACUGAAGCUCAGUCGUCAGCUGUGAACGACCACGAGGCAAAGACCAGAACCUGGACUGGGACUUCAGACCUGAAGAGUCCUCUGCAGGUUCUGGAGUGUGUGGGACUGAGGGAGGACAUGGACGGACUCUGAUCCGGAACCAGGGCGGCGCUGUCUCCAAACUGUUCUGGGUUCAGUCUGAUAAUGAAGCCUUGGGCCAUGUUACCAUGGAAACUCUGUAUCCAUCUGAGUCUGCUGCUGAGUUUAACUGAAGUUGCAGCUUCCUGUCGCAUCCUGACAUGUAAUUCUGACUUUGUGGCUGCGACACUGGACCUGGGCGGCGGCGGCGGUAUGGUCGGGACUGAUGGUGUUGGAAGAGGUGGUGGACCAGAUGGAGCAGCUCUGAGCAGGGAGGCGGUGAACACCGGUUACUGCAGCGCCCUGCGCUCCUACGGCAUGUGCACCAAGCGGAUGGCACGGGCGUGUCGCGGUGACCUGGCGUACCACUCGGCGGUUCAGGGCAUCGAGGACCUCCUGAUCCAGCACCGCUGCACCCGAGUGGGGCCCACAGCCCAGCCCCGCCCCCUCCCUCAGGGCACGCUGUCGGGAGAUGCCUGCCUUUACGAGAGGAGCUUCUUGAGCAGAGAAGGUCGGGCACCAGAGUACCUGCACUGUGGCGUGUUCGGAGACCCACACAUCAGAACCUUCCACGAUGACUUCCAGACGUGUUCCAUGCAGGGGGCGUGGCCUCUCAUGGAUAACGACUACCUGUACAUACAGGCCACCAGCUCGCCAAAGAGGGCGAGGUCACAUGGCACGGUGCUCACAAAGAUAACCAUCAUCUUUAAAAACGUGCGUCAGUGUGUUGAUCAGCAGCUCUACCAGGCCGAGCUGGACAACGUCCCUGCGGCGUUCGCUGACGGCUCGGUGGCGAGUGGCCAGUGGCAAGGUCACGACCUCCUGACCGUCUGGACUCGCAUCGCCGGCCGACACGUGGAGAUCCGAGCGGCUCACAUCGGCACGUUGCUGGUGGUGCGUCAGAGCGGCCGGUCGCUCGGCCUAUCGAUCCGGUCGCCGCGUGACGUCAUGGAGGCGUUUGGCCCAGACCAGGACCUGCAGCUGUGUGUGUGGGGCUGCCCCCCCGCCCAAAGACUCAACACGCUGCGCCCGCUGCCGCCGCUGGACUCCUCUCGGCCUGCGGAUGUCAGCGCCCAUGACCACUGUGCUACGCUGCUUCCUGCCCAGGAUGUUUACUACCAGGCCUGUGUGUUUGACCUGAUCACCAGCGCAGACCUGAACUCCAGCGCAGCCGCCGUCAGUGCGCUGCAGGAUGCCAGACACAUGAUCUCAGAGCGGGAGAGAGUUCACCUGCUGCUGGUCACCUCCGCCGAGCAGCGAGCACAACCACACCUGACACUGCUGCUGCUGCCGCUCGGCAUGCUGGGACCUCUGAGCAGAGCCUGA